UAGGUAUAAAAUUAUUUAUUUAUUUAAUACAUAAAAUUCUUCUGUAGUAUUUAGUUGCUCAGCUACCAGCAGCUACAGGAGUUUCAAUCAGCUUCAAAUCUGAAAAAAGAAAACACAAAUAAUAAUUAUUAAUAAUUGCACUAACAAUAAUUAUAUAAAACUAUACUCUGAAUUACUCUCAGUGCAGCUAAAAGAAAACGUUACGACAUAAGGUCUGUUCCCACAGGAGUCUCUGACAGUUUGCAAACUGUCAGUAAGCAUCGCCCAUAUAUGUUUUCAAUGCUCUUGUUACAAGAUAAAUCUGUAACUCAGUUGAGCGAUUGUUUCUGACAGGUUGCAAACUGUCAGAGACUCCUGUGGGAACAGACCUAUAGUGGCGCCAUCUAUCAAACAGCAGCUGAACUUUGUAACUACUAAAGCGGAAACCUGUAUUUGCUUAGUGGCGCCAUCUAUUAAACAACAAUCAAACUAUUUUCAAAGAAAUACACUAGCGACAUCUAUCAAAUAGGAUUCAAAUUAAUGUAUUAAUUAUUGCAAGAAUCUAUAAUUUCAUUCAAAAAAAAAAGAGCGCCAAAAGCGAAUUCUUUUGGCAAAAAUUCUUUGCUUAUAUUCAAAACCAACUAAAAAACACCCCUGACGUCAUCACUGAGUGAAAAAGGCAAAUUUCCUUUGGGAACCAGCAAAAAUGUCAAACCGGCAAGCAAAAAACUGUCAAAAAUUUGAAAAAUUACAGUGUCAGGGCUACAAAGAAAAUCUCCCCACUUAUAAUGGCCGAGACAAUCUGCACGGAAUCCGAUCUGCAAACGUAUUUUCAGGAGUUGAAAAAACACUCUGUAACUUACAAGUUGGGCCAGAUGCAGCAGCAACAGACCGCAGGAGACGAAAUGCAGAAUCCUUUGCAGAAACAAUUCGGUUUGGUUUUAGGCAAAAUCGAAGAGAUUUUAAGUGAGAAUUUCUCAGGUUUGUUCCAACACAGCAGGAAACUGCGCAACAUCUACAAAAUUCGUAUACAGAGUGGUUCCAAAACAUUUCUAGGGCAGUUUUUUGACAAGUUGGAACAAACCUCUAUUAUCUGUAAGUUGUUAAUUGUUGUAAUUUACAUAGUAAAAUCCAGCAAAGAUUCUGAAGAAUACGUCAAACUAAUGUCAAUGAAAACAUCUAUAAUAUACGAAAAAGCAAAAAUCCUAUUAGCUGAAAAUCUACUACCAGAAAGCCUCAAGCUUCUAGAAGAAGCCCUAGACUUAAUAAAAGACUUAGAAGAACACCCCAAAAUAGCCUUUUUGCACAUGCGCAUCGUCAACCACAUGACGUACGUCCUAUCCAGGCUCGGCCAACUGGACCAAGCCAAAGAAAUGCUCACAAAAGCCAUAGACAAUGAAACCAAGUACAACCCUGAAGUCUACAGCACUGAUGACUUGUUCCUAAAUACCAAAAAAGACCCCAAGAUUUCUGAAGCAAAACUCACUCGCUUGACAAUUAACAACUUACAAAUGCUGGCCUGGAUUCAGGCCAAAAUGGGCAACACUGAAGCACAUUUGAAGCUACAGCAUGAGAUACUUCAGAGGCAAUUGGAUGUUGCUGAGGGGGAUGUUCUGAGGUGGGCGGAGUCUUGUUUCCGAUUGGCCAACGUGUUUGUUAAUCAUGGAGAUUUCCAGAAUGGAGUGUACCAUCUGAUAGCCGCAGAAGAAAUCCUAAACCCCCUUGAAGUCGCAGUAGUACCGAACCUGGAAGUUUGCGCCGCCCAAGCCGAUUUGGCCCGCUCCUGGGUCUUUUACGGCCUGCAACUUUUCGAAAUGAGCCGAAAACCCAAAAUCCCCAAAGACAUCGAGCCUGAAAACUUGGAAGAAGGCGAAUCUUCCAAACCCAAAACUCCCACUACUACUAAGCAAAUUUACUUGUUCCAAGGCCUAAAAGUCGAAAUCCCCCAAAACCUAACAAUGACCCAAAUCGAAAACAAAGAUCAGGCCCAAGCCUUAUUCACAAACCUACACAAAUGGAUCAAAAGGGCCAGGCUUUUCUACACCCUACGAAAUUAUCCACUCCAAUACGUCAACUUAUGCCUUGACUUAAGCGAACUAUACAGAUUUGUAUCGUUUUACGAAGAGGACAUCGACUCUCAGUACUCCGUACAAAAAAGACGCUAUGACGCCCUGGAAACUUUGAGUCAAAUCUUAAAAGAAAUGAGACCCACUUGCUAUGUGAUGGUCAAUGUGGAGUUGACUCGAGAGUUGAUUGAAGUGCAAAUGGAAAUGAUGAAUCUCAAUUUGAAAAAGCUUUAUUCGCCCACUGAUGAGCUGAAAACAAAAGGGGAUAAGGAUUCUUUGAAGAGGCAAAUUGAUGCUUUUUCCAAUGUGCAUGAUCAAUUGGAAAAUGUUGCUUCUACAUUGGAUAUGGAAGUAAAGAAGAUAAUUGCUGAAACUAAUUAAAAUAUAUGUAACUUUCUUUGUUAAUAAAUGAAUAAAUUUGAUUGUUUAAUUGUGUAUUGGCUCAAUCAAUUCAAUCUAGAGUAGAUCCGGAACCGGGAACAAAGAAGUGUAACUCAAAAAUCGAAAUAGUGAUCCAGGAACAUUAUAAGGUUCAGAGUAAGUUGUCUGAGCGCAAGAGAAAGUUCCAAAUUUUAAAUUUC